UGCUAAUCACUCUGCGCGGAUGUUGAGGGGUAUUUUCCAUUAGCAUUAACGUCUAAAAAAUGCAACCGAGAUGACAACACAUCUUUAAGCUUUCCUGCACUGCUGGUGCCGUCGGGACGCUUCGUUGCGACACCCCCGUGCUGUUUCACAAUUGCUGUCAGGCGCGUGCCAAUCUGAAAGAGCGUGAAAAGCGAAUAUUGCAUAAGUCACUGUUUGCAGAUUUCCCUUCGAGAGAAGUUACACUCGGUGUGGACCUUUGAUCGACUCGGGCUGGAACUGUAGGAUUCGUUUCGAUUCGCCCGUGCUUCAUCUCGCUCGCUGGCUUGCGUUCACAUGGAAGUAUUUCAUACAUCAACCUGUCGCCGUGUGGGGUUUGAUCUGAUACCUGACACAUUUGGGGUUUAUUGCUGCUGAGUAAUAACGACUGAGAGACGUGAAUAAUGCGCAAAGAUUUCCACUGGUUCCACUGCUGCAGAAAUGCCCUGAGGCUGAGUCUGGACUGAAGCCAAGUAGGUGAUAUGCACUGAGGAUGAGUGCUGUCGGGGAAAACGCGUCGGACCCUGCCAGGUCAGAGGCUCAAAAGCGCAAGGAAUGCCCUUCAGACCUCCUGGGCCCAAGUCCCAAACGAAGCACUGAGAAACGUAACCGGGAACAUGAAAAUAAAUACAUCGAAGAGCUCGCAGAGUUGAUUUUCGCAAACUUCAAUGAUAUCGACAACUUCAAUGUCAAGCCUGACAAAUGUGCAAUCCUAAAGGAAACCGUCAAACAGAUUCGUCAAAUUAAAGAGCAAGAAAAAGCUGCUGCAGCCAAUGAGGAUGAAGUGCAGAAGGCUGAUGUGUCGUCGACAGGCCAGAGUGUUAUAGACAAAGAUGCCCUAGGACCGAUGAUGCUGGAGGCCUUAGAUGGGUUCUUCUUUGUGGUGAACAUGGAGGGGAACAUCGUGUUUGUGUCCGAGAACGUGACGCAGUACCUGCGGUAUAAUCAGGAAGAGCUGAUGAACACCAGUGUUUACAGCAUCCUGCAUGUAGGAGACCAUAAUGAAUUCAUCAAAAACCUCCUGCCCAAAUCACAUGUGAAUGGAGUGCCGUGGUCCAGCGAGAAUCCUCGGAGGAACAGCCACACCUUCAACUGCCGUAUGCUGGUGAACCCUCACAGCGAGGCCGAAGAGACGCAGGAUCACGAGGCACAGCAGAAAUAUGAGACUAUGCAGUGUUUCGCUGUGUCUGAACCAAAGUCCAUCAAGGAGGAGGGAGAGGAUUUCCAGUCGUGUCUGAUCUGCGUCGCGCGGAGAGUACCCAUGAAAGAGAGACCCAUGCUCCCCACGCACGAAAGCUUCACCACCCGCCAAGACCUCCAAGGUAAGAUCACCUCCCUGGACACCAGUCUGUUACGAGCCUCUAUGAAACCUGGCUGGGAAGACUUGGUGCGGAGAUGCAUUCAGCGCUUUCAUCUCCAAAAUGAUGGAGACAUGUCAUUCGCCAAGCGGCAUCAGCAAGAAGUGCUGAGGCAUGGGCAGGCUUUCAGUCCUAUCUACCGGUUUUCCCUGUCGGACGGGACCAUCGUCUCAGCUCACACCAAGAGCAAACUGGUUCGGUCACCUGCUACCAACGAGCCACAGCUCUACAUGUCACUGCACAUUUUACAAAGGGAGCAGCCCGUCUGUGGCAUGACCCCUGACCUUGGAAAUGCUCAGAAUAUGGGCAAAACCAUGAACCCCAUGAGCUCUCCAAACACAGCAGGCUCCUCCAAUGCUCCCCAGGGGCAGGAUGCCACUGUCAGCAGCAACACAUCCACUUUCCCCUCCCCUGUUGGCCAGAAGGAGCCCGGUGCCAUCGGCCCAGUACAUGGCCACCGUUUCGGGUGCCCGGGAACCAUGAGCCAUUCAGCAACCAUGCAGGCGGCCACACCUCAGGGCAGUGGCUAUCCACUGAAGUUGAGCAGCCCUUCUCAAGGCAGUCCGGGCAUGCUUUCUCCACGCCACCGAGCCAGUCCCGGAGUGGUAGGAUCUCCACGCUUGCCCCCACCGCAGUUCUCCCCAGCAGGAAGCUUACAUUCACCUGUGAGCAUGUGCACUAGCAGUACUGGUGCCAAUGGGGGAGCUGGCAGUAGCCAUGGUUAUACAAGCAGUUCCCUCAAUGCCCUUCAGGCACUUAGCGAGUGCCAUGGAGUGAGCCACGGCCAAUCGCUGGGCUCUCCCGACAGGAAAUUGGGGUCACCAGCCUCAUUGGGCGUCAAUCUUCACAUGUUGAACAAAAUGGGAGCCUCUGAGUCAUUCGGAGAGCAGAACCAAUCAGAGCAGGGUAACGGCGGGCAGGACGAUGGCAUUGACCAGCAAAGAGAUGAAAAGGGCAACCUUAGCCAGUUUAACAACCCAGAUGCCAGUGAUCCACAGAACCGGCUACGUGACAACAAAGGCCAUACUAAACUCCUGCAGCUCCUCACCACUAAAACUGAGCCUAUCGAGUCCACCUCACCUCCUCCAAUGACUGGUGGAGAGCCCGGGUGUAAGGACCCCGCUGGGGGCCUAGGGAACGGCGGCAUGGGCGGAGCCGGGUCACAUGCUACCUCCCUGAAGGAGAAGCACAAGAUCCUUCAUAGACUUCUCCAGAAUAGCUCAUCGCCCGUCGACCUGGCCAAACUCACAGCCGAGGCCACGGGGAAGGAGCUGUGUCAGGAUACUGCAGGUGGGGCGGCCGGUGGGGCUGAAUUAGCCAUUAAACAAGAGCCCGUCAGCCCCAAGAAGAAGGACAAUGCCCUACUGCGCUACCUACUGGAUAAAGAUGAUAAUGUACUUAAGGAUAAAGUCAAGAUGGAACCUGGAGAAAUAAAAGUGGAGGGCAGUAAGAUGCAAGGAAUUACGACAGAGAAAACUGAUGGCGGCUACGACAGUGUGGAGCCGUCAAGCGAGCUGGAUGAUAUUCUGGAUGAUUUACAGAACAGUCAGCCAGGACUGUUUGCGGAUUCCAGACCUGUGUCUUUGCCUGCUGCCGUGGACAAGCAGUCAAUCAUCAAUGACAUCCUGCAGAUGACUGGAGAUGGUGGAACCAACAUGGGUCCCCAGCAACAAAGAGCACUACAGGCUGUGGGCCAGCAGAAUUUUGGCGCUCCACGACCAGGUCAGCCGGGCAGAGCUCCUCCAGUCAGAAGCGUGUCUUUGGAUAUGAACAUGGCUGCUAAAGGCGCUCAGGGUCAGUACCCUCUGAUGAGGAACAACAGCCCUUACUCGCUCAUGCAGCAGCAAGGCAUGAUGGGAAACCACAGUGUUAUGCCUAAUCAGCCCAACAUGGUCAAUGCAGGAGUCAUGGGUAAUAAUGGUCCCCGUGUAGGUAUGCAGCAGGACAGUUGGGGUGCACAGGGUCCUGGUCCGGGCGGUAGCGCAGCCUCGCCUGUCACAGCUGCUCCCGCCGGCCAGCACUCCCUCACACAGGGGGCGCUCCACUCUCGCAUGGGGCCCAACUCUGGUGCAGGCAUGCCCAUGAGGCCCAACAGCCAGCCUGGACCAAGACAGAUGCUUCAGUCCCAGAUGAUGCCCAAUGCCCAGUCAAACAUGGACAUGGGCAUGGCUGGCCACCAGUUUCCCCAGCAACAGGCACCGCCCAAUCAGACGGCUCCAUGGCCAGACAGUGUGAUGCCUAUAGAGCCAGUGCCGUUUGGGAACCAGAACAGCUCUAUGUAUAGUGGUUCUCGUGAGGAUGUUUUGUGCCCUCCUGCCUCUGAGGGUCCGUCCGAUGAGGGCGCUCUGCUCAGCCAGCUCUACACGGUUCUCAAAGAUUUCGACGGCCUGGAGGAGAUUGACCGUGCUCUGGGCAUCCCGGCUUUGGUGGGACGGGCUCAGCCGGUGGAGCAGGAUCAGUUCCCCGGUCAGGACCCCAGUAUGAUGAUGGAUCAGAAGCCACCCAUGUACGGCCAGCAGCAGUACACCGCCUCCCAGGCCCACAUUCAGCAGGGUGGGUACACGUCCAUGCAGGACCCCAGCUUCCAUGGCAUGGCAGGACAGAUGGGGCAGAGGCCGGGCUACCCCAUUCUCCGCAUGCAGGCUAGACCAGGACUCAGGCCCACCGGGGCCGUCCCCACUCAACCCAACGCACUCAGACUGCAGCUUCAACACAGGCUACAAGCACAGCAGAAUCGUCAGCCUAUGAUGAAUCCGAUGGCUGGAGUGUCAAAUAUGAACCUACCUCUAAGACCCAACGUUCCAAAUCAGGGGACAAUCAACGCUCAGAUGCUGGCCCAGCGGCAGAGAGAGUUGCUGAGUAAUCACUUGCGCCAACGUCAGCUGGACCAACAGCGGCAGCAGCAGCAGCAGCAGCAGCAGCAGCAGCAGCGCAGCAUGGUCAUGCGAGCCCAGGGCCUCAACCUGCCGCCAAACAUGGCGGCGGCCACAGCAGGCAUGCCCGGAGCCAUGAACAAUCCACGGAUCCCCCAGGCCAACCCCCAGCAGUUCCCCUAUCCACCCAACUACGGUACAGGCCUGGCCUCGCCGCCCCCCUCCAGCAGCCCUUUCUCCCCCAGUUCUCCCAACCUCCCCGCCCCCCAGCUCCUCUCCCACAACGCCAUGCAUGGCUCUCAGAUGAGUCUAGCUAACCAGGGGAUGCUGGGCAAUCUGAGCGGACAGUUUGGGGCUGUUAUGAGCCCUCAAAUGCAGCACAGUGCCUUUCAGUUCCCCAGCUCAGGUAUGAGUCAGCAGUCGGAAGCCGGGUUCGGUGGUGCCGCCACCCCUCAGAGCCCCCUCAUGUCUCCCAGGAUGGGCCACGCCCAGAGUCCCAUGAUGCAACAGGCGCAGGGAAACACCUCUUUCCAGUCCUCCCCUGACAUGAACGGCUGGACACAGGGCAGCAUUAAUGCCAACAGUAUGUUCACUCAGCAGUCGCCACCUCAGUUUGCCCAGCAGGCCGGUAACAACAUGUACAAUGGUAACGGCAUGAAUCUUAACGUGCCCAUGGGCACCAACUCAAGUAACAUGGGCCAAAUGGGCAACCAGAUGAGCAUGAGCUCUAUGAACUCUGGACCUGGGGGCAGCAUGGCCAACAUGGGCCCUGAACAGCAGAAGUAUUGUUGACCCGGGGCAGAUGACCGAGUUUAUAGAAGCUGUUUGAUGAGUGAGUUUCAGCUGCAGCGUGAUCAAGGAGGGAUUGGAGUGAUGCUGUGCUGUUUAAGCUGCUAUCAGGGCUGUACGGGUCUUUAGAGAGCCUGUCUACUGCCCCCUACUGGACAUCUCUAGAGGAUGCAUCAGGGGUACUGGAGCUCGGAGGGGAUGGACACUCUGCCUCACUCUCUUUCUCACUCACACACACACACACACACUGACACUUUGGCCUAUACCCCCCCCCCCCCUCGCCCACCUCCUUCAGUCAAGCACGGCCUUCUGUCCCGUACUUACACUGCAAGCCCUUUCCGUCAGUCUGCUCCGCUGCAUUCACCGUAGUGUGACUUAGGUCUCCCCUGAAAAGACUCUGUGACACUGGCAUCGGAAUCCUUGUCUCCCAUGAAUGUAUUCCCCCCCCCCUCUCUUUUUCCCUGUCUUUCUUCCCGGUUCGUCCUCUGGACUUCAGACUCUUCUUAAGAAGACGUUCUUUUUGCCCAACCAUCUCUCUUUCGGACUUCUUUCCAAUCUGACGUUUCAAAACCGACAAGAAGACUGCAUUUUAAAAACCAAACUCAAAAUUCAGCCAUUUUGCCUUUUUGUUUUAUUAUUAUUAUUUUUUUUUUCACAGUGCAAAUAAAGAUCGAUUGAUGUUGAAAAGGCAUCUGCAUAUAGAUUAUGAGAAUUCAGAUGAUGGUUUAUAAAAUUAGACUUAAUUUAGUCAAAAGGUUUCUUGUGUAUUAAAUUUAAGUUUUAUUCUAAUGUAUAGUUUCUUUUUUUUAUUAUUAUUAACAUUGUAGAUUUCUUUAUAAACCAUCGGUUAGAAUGAGAGAAAGUCCACAUGAAUUGCCUCCGAAUAAGAAAAACGUUCAGCAUACCUGUGGAUUUAGUUUUCCUUGGUCCAGUAGUUUCAGAGAGAAUGUGUUUCGUUGUGGUUAGUAACAUGAAAUGAUGAUAGAUUGUAAAUACCAGUAAUGGGAGGGGGGAUUUUUUUCGUAUUAUAUUUAUUUUUUUAUUUUAUUUAGUUUUUCGAUAUAUAACCCCUUCCUCCCCUCAAAGUCCGGUAUUAACUGUUUCUAGAACUAAAGAGAAUUUCUCACGAGGAGGUGUUUGUUUGGCGGGAAGAUGAGGAUGGGUGGAUUCCUGUGGUACUAAGGAAGAGGAGCUGGGGUGAGGUGGUCCUUCUUUCCCGGGUGUGGGGGUCUGGGAGGGUUCUGUGUGUACAGUGUACAGAUACUCGCUUGCUUCUAAGCCUUUAGCCGGGAGCCCCACCGGAGGAACCCAACACAGCCAUAAACUCAACACUGAAGCGUGCUUUCUCCGUUGUGUGGAGUGACGUGCUUCACGCCAGACGCUAUAGGUACAAGCAGAAACCGGGGUGUGUAAGAAAAGACAACAAGCAAUAAAUAUUACUUGAGAUUUAAUUUUGUUUCUUUUUGUAAUUUUUUGUACAGGACUUUUCAGGAGACACAUUUUGCUCCCCGGUUCAAACUCAGUAUUAAGGAUAUCAUUUUUUUUUUUUUAAGCCUAUUAUUAUUGUGGUUUCUGUUUUGAAUAAGACAAAAACAAUAUUUCCAAACCUAUUUGUUCCUCAGUGAAAUGCAGGUUUUAGUUCUGGUGUAGCCAAAAAAAAAAAAAAAAAAAGGUAAACUAAUAAAUAGACUAAAAAAGCAGCAUUUAUGUUUUGCGUGGCUAUUUGACCAUACACACUUAACGCGGCGUUCCAGGCAGAUUUUUGAUCCCGUAAAUCACGACUUUAAACCACGACUCACUAAACGUCCGCCGUCUUGAAAACCUCCGGAUCAACGGUUUAGAUUUGAAUGAGCGGUCACUACAGGCACGUGAGCUCUUAACGCUGUAAUGUACGCGAUACAGUUUGUGUUUUCUAGCUUAUCUGAGGACGAAGCCAAAUUUCAUUGCCUUUGGAUUGAUCAGUAGACUUAAACAUACCUUUCAUUUCGUUUUCGUCUCAUGUUUGCACACGGUUUGUAUCGGGGUUAAACGGGCAGCCUUUAGCUUUCGCUGAAAAUAUCGCCAUGUCAUCUGUGUUUAAGCUGGUGUGUUAAAAAACAAAAAGCAAAUAAAAAAGUAGGCUACUACAUGUUUUAUUAAGUAUAUACUGUAUGUACCAGCAGCAACUGAGGUUUGCAACGACCAGCUCUGUCAUUAUGCGCUGAAUAUAGCCUACCUGGUGUCUUGGUAUAGCUUUGGCUUUUCCUUUUUGAACUCUGUAAAUACAGUUUUGAUUUCACAUUGUUUGGAUGAAGCGUCCCACCAUUCAAAACUGUACUUUGAGAAACACCUGCAUUGAUGAAAAUUUGAUUUAAUUAUCGAUUUCAGCGAACCUUGCUAACAUUUGUCGACUAAAUGGAGUAGGCCUAACGCACUCCUUUGUUCCAAGCCUUUUUGGUCCGAGUUCUGAUGAAUGUUGGAUGCCUUGAACAAGGCCCGCCAUCCAGAAGCAUCUACACUAUCAUAUUGGAGAAUAGCCAGUCCUGAGGUCGCACUUGUACCACUACCCUUCUGCAAAGUCCAAAGAUUGUCACGAUUUUGAAAUAAAUAUAAGCCAUGAUGUGAAGGUGGUGCAGAGUUUUCUAGUCUUUUUAUCAGCGCUAGUGCAAAAAGAGCCAUUUGCCCUCAAAUAAAUAAAUACAUGGAAUUGUAACGGCUAUUGAAUUUCCUAAAAUUGUCUUUACCUUACCUCUUGGGGGGUUUUUUCUCCGACUUUAAAUGUCUUUUUGUAUAGUCUGCCAAUUUCUUAGAGCUAAAUGCAACAACCUUGAAAUGCUAAGACUUAGCAUAUUGCCUUAGAUCUGUUUUACUGUCUUGUAUAUUACAAAAGUUGUCUGUAUUAUAUUUGUAUAGUGAAUCAUUGACAGGAUCGUCCCAGUUCAUUACUGCUCAUCUGUUGCUGGAUACAUACAUGCAUACCUGUCUCUCUUCUCCAUUCCCUCACGCACCUGCACUCUCUCUUUCUCUCUCCUCCAGUCUCGAUAUUGCUCAUUUUCCAUGUUUUGUUUGUUAUCAGUUGUGGGAUUUAUUAUUUGUACAGUCUUGAUUUUACCUUCUCGGUUGUGUGUGAGAAUGAAAAUGAUGCAAUGGGAAAUCGAAGCAAUAUGUAAUUUAUAAAGACUUUUUGGAGAAAGCUUACAGUGUUGUGCUCCUGAGAUGUAUUUUUUUUUUUUUCAAGUUGUGGUCACAUUAACAUCUCUGUUCAUCCGCAUCGAUGUGUGUAAUCUUAGUGUGAGCCUUUUAUGCAAAGUUAGAUAUACCGAGAGAAAUUUAAAUACAGUUAUGCAAGUUGUCAACUAAUAUGGCUUUGCUGAUGCUAUUUGAUGUUGAAUCAAACUGAAUUGUAAAUAAAGGAUUCUGUUAUUGCAACAUUUA